AUGUCCGACGACGCCUCAGAAAUCACUGCCGUAAACAAGGAGGCCUCCAAGCAGACGGUCGACCCCGUCAAAUCUUUCCUCUCCGGCGGUGCUGGUGGCAUCUCAUGUGUGCUCGUGGGACAUCCAUUUGACCUGACAAAGACCCGGCUGCAAACAGCUGCUCCUGGAGUCUACACUGGCGCUGUUGAUGUCGUCCGCAAGACCGUUGCUGCUGACGGUCUCCGAGGUCUCUACCGGGGAGUAACCCCGCCAAUCUUGGGAGUCACUCCCAUCUUUGCUAUCUCGUUUUGGGGCUACGAUGUCGGCAAGCGUAUUGCGUACUCUUUCUCAGGUGCAGACAGGAAGGAGCAGGCGUUGAGCAUUGGCGAAUUGGCGUUCGCAGGUGCCUUCAGUGCUUUACCAGCUACACUCGUUGCCGCUCCAGCUGAACGUAUCAAGGUUCUUCUCCAGGUUCAAGGUCAGAACGGUGCUCAAGCCUACAACGGUGUAUUUGACAUCAUCACAAAGCUCUACGCUGAGGGCGGUAUCCGCUCCCUGUUCCGAGGAACCCUUGCCACCCUCGUCCGUGACGGCCCUGGUUCCGCCGUUUACUUUGCGACCUACGAGCUCUUGAAGAAGAAGUUGUCCAAGGAGCCUGGGUUCCUGGAGAAUGGAGAGAGGGCACCGGCGCCGCCGUUGAGUGUCGGGGCGAUUAUGGCUGCGGGAGGUGGUGCUGGUAUCGCGAUGUGGAGUUUGGGUAUCCCUCCAGACACAAUCAAAUCUCGUCUUCAAUCCGCACCCCACGGCACAUACACCGGCUUCACAGACUGUGCCCGGAAGCUUAUAGCAGCCGAUGGCAUCUCAGCCUUGUGGAAGGGCUUUGGGCCAGCUAUGACUAGGGCUGUCCCUGCCAAUGCUGCUACCUUCUUGGGUGUGGAGAUGAGCUUGAAGCUUAUGGACACUCUUUGGUGA